AUGGUGCCUACUGCCUUACUGCUGACUUUGCUCCUGACAACUUCAUCCGGUCAUCCGCUAUAUCCAACUCUUGAAACGCAAUCACACGUUUCUUACUCAUUCGCGCCGGAAUCGCAACAGCCACUAGCAGCGGUAGCAGCAUUAGCACGUCAACUAUCUGCAGCACCAGUUAACCAUCGGUCCCCUUCAGCACCAGUACCGGUAGAAUCCGCAUCAUCACGAGCAGUAGCUGAAGCGGUAUUAUGCUCCAUUUUCCAGUGCUCUAAAUCAGUUACCUCUUCCGUUUCGACUUCAGCGAAUCCACCGGUCCCUUUACAUUACCCGCAAAAUGCUGCCCCAUUAGCUCGUGCUUCGCUAGCAACAGUAAUAUCUCCACCAGCACCACAAACAGCACCAGUGCCUGCUUCAGCACCAGUACCGUUUCCAUUUGUGGCUUCCCCUCCAGCAAUGGCCUCAUCCACGAUGUCACUACCUGUCGCAGCACAAGCUCCAAUCCCAGCUCCACUUGCGACACCUGUAUUGCUUUCAGAAGCUGCCCCUCUCCCAGUUACCGUUCCAGAACCGUUGCAAGCUGGCCUUUUAUCUGCAAAUGCAUUAACAACAAGUGCGACUGUCUACAAUCCUGUCGCUAACCCCGCUGCAGCAUCGGCCUUGACUUCUCUCUCUGCCGCAGUUCCCUCCCUUUCUCCUCCAUCAAUAUCGUUAGCUUCUCCAUUGGUUAUGCCGUACGCAAGACCAUUAUUUGAGCCGCCACCAAUAAUUCCAACAGCAGCAACAUCCGUCGUGCCUAUGGCCGCAGGUGUGAAACCGCAGUUAUUCGAAACUUCGGUGUUAGCUCCAAUACCAGAGUUUCCUACUUUGAUCACUGCUCCUCCGGCAGCUCCCCUGGUUCCAGCUUAUGCGCCGUUUGCAAGGGCGUAUUUCGUCGGGAGCAACAAAGGAAAGAAGUUGGGCAAAAACAUUAAGAGUAUUUGA